CACAGCGGUCAUCGGUAGAAAGCACGCGUAUGAGAAAACUGAUAGACUCGUUCGAGGCUUAGAAGAAAAAGUUGUGUGUUUUUGUUCGAAUUAUUGUGUUUAACUCUUCCGAAACACUGCCAAAGAUGAGGUGUGGCCUGGUUUGAGCACUGUCCUGAUUUCACAUACUGAACCGUAGUAUGUCAACAAUUGGUUCAAUGAGAAAAAGUAAAUUUGGAUUUGAAAACAUGGAUGACGAUUUCAAUAGCGCAGGGAUGUAUUUCCCUCAGUCUGGAUUCCCACAUCACAGAUCUGACAAAGAGUCAAGUCUGCUUGGCCCAUCCUCACAGCAGCAUCUAGGAGGGCUAUAUGGAUCUUCAGGCAUGGGGUCUCCUGGUCAAAGCCAAUCCAAUUUCUAUGGGUCUAACCUUCACAGCUCUGGUAUGCCGCCUGGUAGUUCAAUGCAGAUGCCUCCUGGGAACCAGAGAGGGAUGCCGCCAGUACAGCACCAGUUCAGCCGUAGCAUAUCCAUGCCUGCGACAUCCCUUCACAACAGCUCAAUGCAAGGAAGCAGUUCAUCUGGCAUGCCAAGCGUCCAGUCAUCAUCUGCCCUUCACAGUAUGGUGUCCGCACCAGGGGCCAACACAAGCUCCCAGCAAGGAAGCCGUGGAAUCCUGUCCAUGGGACCAAGGGGGGGCAUGGGGCAGAUGCCUAGUCCAGGGCACAUUGGCAGCCAGACAGGACUACCCAAGUCGUCCAGAGCAGUGUCAAUACCAUCUGCGAUUUCCAGUCCCUCGCGCAGCUCACCCAUUCCUGGGAUGGGAAUGCCUCCUUCCCAGUCAACCUUACAACAACAACAACAACAGUCCCAAGUGCAGCGUGCAUUCAACAGCUUUAGCAGUGUUGGUAGUAAUUCUGGUGGACUUCCUGGCUUUCCAUUAGUCAGAAGUCAGUCGUCAAGCAGUACACAGGGACUUGUGGGCUCUGGAUUGCAGUCAUUGACAAGUGCCUUUACGCCAACUGAUCCGUCAAGAAUGCCCUCCCCACCACUGGGUAGGAGACAGCCAUUCCAGUCAGCCCAAGUCUUCAGAGAUUUCAGGAGAGGAGGGGCAUUUUCAGGGGACAGCAGUUCACCAGGGGGAACUGCCCUGGACCUGUCAGAGUUCCCAACCCUGACCAACAGGAUGCACUUGGAGGGGGGUGCAGGGGGCCCAGGGGGGGCACCAAGUAGACCGUCGUACGGCGUGGUGUCCAAACCUGCUGAACCACAACCAGACUUCUCCAUUCUGAAUGAGGACUUUCCCGCUCUUCCUGGCACAUCAUUCAAACAAGAUAAUAGCGAGAGUUCAAGUCAAGCAGAUCUGUCCAAGUCAAUGGUCAAUACCUUGGGAGUAAGCUCUACAUCAAGUAUCUUCCCCCUCACAGAUAACCGGGUUGGAAGCACUUACGAACAGGCAUUGAAGGAUUCAGCCAGGGAAGCAAAACUACUAGAUCCAAAGCUAACAGCACAGAUGAAUGGGAAAUCUCAGAGAGGAAUCCAAACUAGUCCAUCGGGAGUGAUAACGAAUAUCCCAAAAGGCAUGGUGACUGACCAGUUCGGUAUGAUCGGGCUUCUAACGUUUAUCCGGGCGGCAGAGACUGAACCGAACCUUGUCACCCUGGCGCUGGGAAGUGACCUGACAACUCUCGGAUUGAACCUCAACUCACCAGAGAGCUUGUAUCAUACGUUCGGUUCGCCGUUUGCUGAAAGCCCCUGUAGACCUCACGAGAUAGACUAUCAUGUUCCCCCGGAGUAUCGUAUAAACUCGUUUAUCCGAGAAAAGCUGGCACCCAUCAAGCUGAGUAGAUAUGGCGAAGACCUUCUGUUCUACCUGUACUACACGAACGGCGGCGACAUCUUACAACUCGCAGCUGCUGCUGAACUGUACGCGCGUGAUUGGAGGUACCACAAGGAAGAGAGGGUGUGGCUAACACGUGCUCCAGGCGUGGAACCUCAGGUCAAGUCUAACAAUUACGAACGCGGGACGUAUUACUUCUUUGACUGUCAGGCGUGGAGGAAGGUCCCCAAAGAAUUCCACCUUGAAUACGAUAAGCUUGAAGAGAAACCAACGCUACAUCCUAUUGCCGCACAGUAAACCCAGUCCCUCUCGGGAGAUUUUCCACAGGGAGCUCGAAGAGAACCAACGCUUCAUCAUUUUACUGGACAGUAGACCCAGUCUCUUGGUUUACAGAAGAUCGAUGCUAUAUCCUAGAUAUAGUCAAGCUAAGAGCUGAGUCCCUCAGGAGUACCAUGGAGCUUGAAGUUGAUUCUUAACGCAACAGAACAAAUAGGGAUCUACGCCCACCGAGCACAAAUCUCCUAUUCUACUAUACUUCCCUCCUUGUUCUGUCUCUUUUCUCUGAAGUUUGUAAAUGUUGAUGUCCGUUUUAUUGUACAUUGUGACGGUAAAGACAAUAAAAGCAAAUGAAAGCACAACGCA